CGCCGACGUGGCGCGCAUGGCGGAGGGGGCGGACUGGCGGCUCCCGCUGUGCCGGCAGCGGUGGCUGCGGCGCGUGGAAAAGCACGCGCACGUGACCUGGGCGUUUGGCCCCUCAGGGGAGUUCGGCGCCAACUUCCCGCCUAAGAUGCGCCGGUUCUUGACGAGCAGGUCCAAGGCGGACGCCCCGCCUGCCGCCCCGGAGCCGCCCGCCAGCGCGCGCGGCGGGCCCGCAGCGGCGGCGGCUGGCAGUGACCGCUGGGCGGUCGACGGGCUCUUCCCGCCGGUCGCGGCGCUGAGGGUCCGCUCGUGCCAGCACCGGGUGCUCUUCAUCCUGUGCACGCACAAGUCGGGGUGGCUGCUCCCGCACGCGAGGGGGCUGAUCAAGGACAUCGUGCGGCUUGGCGACGUCCAGGAGCGGGACGAGGACACAGAGAUCCAGGCGGCGCUGGAGCUCCCCGGCGGCAUCCAGUUCACGCGCAAGGCCUUCACGGUUGCCAGGGUCGUCGGGGGGCCUUUCGACGGGCUGCAGUGCGUUGGAGUGCACUCCGACCGCGAGACGCGGCUCCGAGCGGUUCGCCUCGGCCUCGCCGCGGCGGCGCGGGUGCUCGCCCCGGCCCCCGGCGGCCGCACGGAGGACCCCACCCGCGACGGCGAGUUCGCCGCGCUGGUGCGGCGCGCCGGGCGGCUGCUGAGCCAGCCGGGCGGCGCGCCCGGGGGGGAGG